AUGGGUUUCAACGGUAUCGGACAUUUCGCCGACUUGUUCGGCCAGUCAACCACAACGGCCAUGGAACAGUUGUUCCAGCAACAGCAACAGCAACAGCAGCCUUAUCAACUCGUCCACCAACAGCAACAGCACUACGAAGAUUGUUGCGUGCCCACCGGCGACUGCAUCAUGCGGUCCGCGCCCAUCAGGCCAGAAGAUCCGCGCGCUGCCGAACUGUACGCCCGCGUGGUGUGCAGCGACGGCGGGUGUCCGGCCGGCCGGUACAUGCACCGCGAGUGUUUCGACGCCUGGGAACGGCUGGUGCUGGUCUACAUGAAGAACGCGGCCGCGUCUUACGCCAACGGUAACGCGCCGCAGUCCAACGGCCGGCGCAUCAAGGACCUGUGGACGGUGAACGUCAACAACAACAACGUGGUGAACCUCAACAAGAAAGGCUAUGAAAUGGCGUUCAAGGCCUGCGGCUGCCGUUGCGGCCGUGGUUACUUGAAGAAGGACUCCGAGUGGCCGCAGUCGUCGUCCGUGUCCGUCAUCCGUAGACGGUCAUCCGGCGGAAGCGGCGUCGCAGCGGACGACACGAUGGACGGAGGUAGGACAUCGGCCGCACCGCCGACCGUCGGCAAGAAGAAGAAGCGCCGACAGCCCUCCGCCAGACAACCGGCGGCCGCCGCGUCCACGAUGAUGAUGGUCGACUAUUCCGAACUUCGGCUCCGCACCGGAAGCCUGUCCGGUUCGUCAAACGGUUCCAGCUCUCCCGUCACCAAUUCCGCCAGCAGCGUGUCGCCCGCCCACUCGGGAUCGUUCGGUUCCAGCACUAGCACUGGUGCCGGUUCCGGUUCUGGUUCGGGUUCUGGUUCCGGGUCUUCGUCGUCCAAGAGGCGCGGAGCCUGUCCCAAAGACGUUUUCGAGAGGCAGUCGUCCAUGAAUGGCAAUGGGAUAUUUUGCCGCCGUCUGGACUUCAGCACAUUCAACCGGCUACCGCGGCACAUGCUCAACUCCUAUCACGUAAAGAUCGAAGACGAAGGCAACCACGGAAACGACGAGACCAGAUCGUUCAUUUUGUCGUCGUUGGCCGCUCAAAACCAAUCGCGAGUCAACUGCGUCCUGUGCUCGGACGUCAUGUUGGUGUUCGACCGAUAUCCGCUGGUGGACGGUACAUUCUUCCUCAGCCCCAAGCAAUACAACAAAAACGCCGUUGAGGUGAAAAACGAAGGACGAGCUCUGUUCCUGAACGCCGUCUGCAUGAAAUGUCUGGACGGAAAAGACGCUGACCGGAAGCUGUGUUGCCGGUUCUGCGCCACCCAGUGGGACGGUUCGUCACUCAUUAUGGGCACCAUGUACGCUUACGACGUGUUCGCUGCCAUGCCGUGUUGCAACGAACGACUCAAGUGCAAUGGCUGUCAGAAAGCAUUGAUGUUGUCGCACCAACGACUGAACUUCUACAGCGAUUACAGCCGUAAAGUCACCUGCCCGCACUGCACUUCCGUCGACUAUCACUUUGUCAAGCCGCUCGCGGUGUACUACACCCGACAGUGGCCAUAA